CAUCAAACUUUCAUAUUCUUCAAAUUUGGCUUCUCAAAUUUGUGCAUUUGUCCUGUUGAGGUCUGGAUUUGGAUCUCUGACAUGGAGGAAAUGUUGUCAUUCUGGGAUGUGGUCAUUGAUUUCUCUGCAGAGGAGUGGGAAUGCCUGAGUCCCGCUCAGUGGAAACUGUAUAGGGAUGUGAUGUUGGAGAAUUACAACAACCUUGUGUUCCUGGGUCUUGCUUCCUCUAGGCCACCUCUGGUCACAUUUCUGGAGCAAAUACAAGAGCCUUCAGAUGUGAAGAGCAGAGCGGCCGUCACUAAGUGCUCAGGGGGAAAAUGCUAUACUUGCAAAGAAUUUGGCAACGUCUUGGAUGGGAAAGAAGCCUUUCAAAAUCAUCGGAUAAUUUAUUUAGGAGUGAAGCCCUACAAGUGUGAUGUAUGUGAUAAGGCCUUCUACUAUCCAUCCCUACUUUCUAAACACAAAAUAAUUCAUACAGAAGAUAAUGCCUACAGUUGUGAAAUAUGUGGCAAAGCAUUCGAGUAUCCAUCAAGAUUUUCUGACCAUAAGAAAAUUCAUACAGGAGACACACCAUACAAGUGUGAAGUAUGUGGCAAGACCUUCGAAUAUCCAUCAAAACUUUCCGACCAUAAGAGAAUUCAUACAGGAGACAUACCAUACAAGUGUGAAGUAUGUGGCAAGGCCUUCCAUUAUCCAUCCUUACUUUCUAAGCACAAGAUAAUUCAUACAGAAGAUAAUCCCUAUGAGUGUGAAGUAUGUGGCAAAGCCUUUAAAUAUCCAUCAAGACUUUCUUACCAUAUGAAUAUUCAUACAGGAGAGAAACCAUACAAGUGUAAGGAAUGUGCGAAGGCCUUCCACUCUCCACCAUUACUUUGUCAACACAUGAGAAUUCAUACAGGAGUGUUACCCUACAAGUGUGAUGUAUGUGGCAAGGCCUUCCGCUUUCCAUUUUUACUUUCAAAACACAAGAUAACUCAUACAGACAAAAAACCCUACAAGUGUGAAAUGUGUGGCAAGGCCUUUGAAUAUCCAUCAAGACUUUCUGACCAUAAGAAGAUUCAUACAGGAGACACACCAUACAAGUGUGAAGUAUGUGGCAAGGCCUACAAUUAUCCAUCAUUACUUUCUAAACACAAGAGAAUGCAUAGAGAAGAUAAUCCCUAUGAGUGUCAAGUAUGUGGCAAAGCCUUCAAAUAUCCAUCAAGACUUUCGAACCAUAUGAAUAUUCAUACAGAAGAAAAACCAUACAAGUGUAAGGAAUGUGCGAAGGCCUUCCACUCUCCAUCAUUACUUUGUCAGCAUGAGCGAAUGCAUGUAGGAGAGUUACCCUACAAGUGUAAUGUAUGUGGCAAGUCUUUCUGCUUUCCAUCAUUACUAUCAAAACACAAGAUAAGUCAUACAGACCAAAAACCCUUCAAGUGUGAAGUAUGUGGCCAAGCCUUCGAAUAUCCAUCAAGACUUUCUGACCAUAAGAGAAUUCAUACAGGAGAGACACCAUACAAGUGUGAAGUAUGUGGCAAGGCCUUCAAUUAUCCAUCCAUACUUUCUAAACACAAGAAAAUUCAUAGAGAAGUUAAUCCCUGUGAGUGUGAAGUAUGUGGCAAGGCCUUCAAAUAUCCAUCAAGACUUUCGGACCAUAAGACUAUUCAUACAGGAGAGAAACCAUACAAAUGUAAAGAAUGUGGGAAGGCCUUCCGCUCUCCAUCAUUACUUUGUCAACAUGAAAGAAGGCAUACAGGAGAGUUACCCUAUAAGUGUGAUAUAUGUGGCAAGGCCUUCCGCUUUCCAUCAUUAGUUUCAAAACACAAGAUAACUCAUACAGACCAAAAACCCUACAAGUGUAAAAUAUGUGGACGUUUUCUCCGUUCUCAAUCAUCACUUCAUGAACACAAGAUGAUGCAUUCAGGAGUGAAACCCUACAAGUGUGAAGUAUGUGGCAAAACCUUUGAAUAUCCAUCCAGACUUUCAAAACAUAAGAAUAUCCAUACAGGAGGGAUACCAUAUGUGUAAAGGCCUUCCGCUAUGCAUCAUCACUUCGUGUCCAUAGGAAAACUCAUAGAGAAGACAAACCCUACUAGUGUGAAGUAUGUGGGAAGGCCUUCUGUUAUCCAUCAAUACUCUCCACCAUAGAAAAUUCAUACAAGAGAGAAACUAUACAGUUGUGAAGUUUGUGGCACCACCUUCCAUUAUUCACCAUUACUUUCUAAACACAAGAUAAUUCAUACAAAAGAGAAUCCUUAAGUGUGAAGUAAUUGGCAAAAUCUUCAAUUAUCCACAAAGUCUUUACAAACAUAACAGAAUUCAUACCCAAGAGAAACCCUUCCA